GCGUCACGUCAUGGCUGGCAUGAAGCUUGAUUACUUUUCUUGCAAAAGUGAGCUUGGUUUUCUUUGAAAGCGGUGGUUUCUGCCAAUGUUUUGACUUUUAUUUACGUUUCGACUAGAGUACGAUAUGUUUGGUUAGAUGAAAUAAAACGAAGUGUUCGUGUGAGGAUAUGCGUUGUUUGCUCUAGAGAAAGGUGUAAAUCCAUAACAAAAUGAACGACGGGGAUUGGAUAUGCAGUGAUGCGAAUUGCGGAAAUAUUAAUUUUGCACGCAGGGCUUCAUGUUAUAGAUGUAAUAAAGAAAGACCCGACAGUUCCAAAGCCUUCAAAAAGAAACUAGGCACAGAAAUAGGAAAGACUGCAGCUGAAAAGUCUCGUGGCUUAUUCAAUGCCGAUGAUUGGCAGUGCAACAAAUGUGCUAAUGUUAACUGGGCCCGGCGUCAGACUUGCAAUGUUUGUAAUGCACCAAAGUACGGCGAAGUGGAAGCGCGCACCGGUUACGGUGGAGGUUACAAUGAGCGCGGCGUUGUGGAGUACCGGAGACGUGAACCAUCCUCUGAUGAUGAAUAUGAUGAAUUUGGUAGAAAAAAGCGCAAACGUAAGGCAGACUCCCAAGAGAAAUCCGAAAAGGUUGGCAUCACUGAAGGAGCAGUAUUCAAAAGCUUGCCACCAACAGUGCUGCAGAUGGAAUCAAAUAAAGAACGUAAAAUGCCAGUCCUUGGGCCAAACAUAUCACUAAUUACAAAUAAUCCAAAAGAUAAAAAAAAUGGCAAUCUUAGCGAUAGCUCCAUGUGUGAAAUUCCCUCACUAACAAAUGCAGGAGUUAGCAGAUAUCAACAAAUGAACAAUCCGAGACAAGAUUAUAUGUUACCCUCUUACAAACCAAAUGGUACUCAAACAAGAAAGAGAUUCUUAAGUGCCGGUGAUAGGGAGCAAGCAGCUUCAUCAGGCUAUGAGACUGGCUCAAAAAAGAGUAAACAUGAUAGCACAGACUCUCUUAUACCUAAAAUGUAUAACCCAGUAAUGGAAAAUAGGGUUUCAUCCACAAAGAAUGAUCUCGUUUACAAAUUUACAAGACAAAAUCCAGCUGAAGACUUUCAAGUAACCUACACCCUAGAAGAACGAAUAAGAAGUGCAGCUUUUGCCAUUGUGUACAAUAACUGUAAAAUUACAACAGAUAAAUUUGAAGCAUUAUAUGACAAACCAGCACCAGAUUUUAAAACAAUCUUUGCCUGGAGACAGCGGCUUUUGAGCACAGGUUGUUUAGUAGAUUCACAUACGGAAUUAGAAAAAUCUGGAAUGGCUACUGACAAAAUCAAAUCUCAAGACAGAAAACCAGUUUGUAAAUUGCCUAAUCCUGAUGAAAUUAUUAUUGACUCUGACAGUGAUGAGGAGGAACCUAAUCAAAAUCUAGAAAAAUCUGGAAGAAGUAUGAGUGCUGAAACUUUGUUCAUUGGAGGGAGUAGAGAAUUGCCAGCAGCUGGUAGCUCAGCCAGCACUGUGGAUGGAAGAGGAUCAGGAGGAAGAAGUUGUUCUCAAUCCACACACCGACGUACUCGUUCGAAUUCCCGCGACAGCCAAGACUCUAACUAUCCAGAUACUGAUUCAGAAAAGGGCUCCAAAUCUGUGAACCCAAGAAACGUUCUGAAAUCAUUAAACACAUCAACUAGACAGUCCACCCAUGGAUCUGACUCUGAUUCAGUGUCCUAUAACAGUGAGGAAGAUAACUUCUUGUCAAGAGUAUUUGGAGAAGGCAGGAAGAGACGUAAAGUGAAGAGAAGACCCCUCCCCGUGGCACCUACACCUAAACUUAGUAGUUAUAUGUCUAACGACGUCAAUACUUUUGAAGGAUACAGUACAGUUAAGAAGGCAGAACAGUCGCCUUUAGUGACUGGUAACAUCUACACAGCUAAUCUCCGUAAUAUGAAUGUAAAAUCUCGUGAAAAUAUUGAUAUUGAUGGCUGUUCGAGUGAGUAUGUUCCUACCAAACUGGGUUCUACUGCUAAAAAGAAUUAUCAAGAGUUUAAAGACAAUGUUCGAAAGAAAGGUUACUGGGCUAAGGGUAAUGGAACUUCUCUGGUGAUAAACAGGCAUAAUAUGUCAAUGGAUGUCAUUCAUAAAACAAAUAGAACCCCAAAUAAACCAAUAGAUGAACCAGUCAAAGCUGUGGAAAUUCACCAGUAUGUUACUGCACAGUCUAAAGCUGUAAAUAAUCAAGCAGAUGAUUUCACUAAAGAUGACAUUGAGAAUUUCGUCAGCACUGAACAUUAUAUGCCUUUUGAUAAACCAGUCAAAACAGAUAAAAAUUGUGUUAUAAGUGAUACUACUGAGAACACUGAUCGCAUUUUUGCUGUAGUGCAAUCUAAUAACACUGCUAAAAACAGAAGUAUUUUAGACAUUUUUGAUAUUAGUGACCCAGCUCAAGGAAGUCCAGAUGCUGAAAAUGAUUUGGAAAAGUAUGAUAAUGUGAGAAAAAUGUAUGAGAAUGAGUGGGAUGAAGAGGAUGAAGCACUCUAUAAAAAUUCAGAAUGUGAUGAUCAAGCAGUAUCAGGUGGGCAACAAUCUCCAGCUAUCUCCAACAGGCCUGAGAGUCCCACUUCUGACAUGUUGUACACAACUGACAAAAAGCCUCAGCGAGAACAACCUGGUGAUAAGAAUUUGAUACCAGAAUUCAUCAAAGAUAAACAUGAAAUGCUUUUGGACAUGUUAAAGGAUUUUCAGAAUAAGGAAAUAAGUCAGAUGGUAUCUCCACUGAAACAUGGGACCCCUCAGCGGCAAGAGGAGAAUUUGCAUCACAAUAUAAUUGAUACCAGCUUUAAUAAUUCUAUGGUUGAUCUGGAAUCAAUCCCAAAUCCUGUCGCACAUAAACAUGACACAAUUCCAAGUCUGCUUAUCACCAGAAAUGAUUGUAUUCCUAACCCUGUAGUCAGUAAGCCUGAGCGGGCUGUGAAUAUGCUCAUGGACAGAUCUGAAUGCACCCCAAGUAAUACUUUCAACAGAACUGAUAGAAUCAUCAAACAUCCUUCUGACCCACAUCUUAGAACUUCAGAUCUGCCAGUAAAUACAUCAGACUUGUUUAUGAAUCAAAACAUAAGAAGACCUGAUCCAGUUCAUAACGUUUUUGUCCCUGGAGUUUCCCCUAUUCCAAAUCUUAACAUAUCAAGAUCUGACAGGAUUUCAAAUCACAAUAUGGAAAGGAGUGAUUUGAUGCCAAAUCAUAAUAUUCCCAGAGCAAGUCAGGGUCUGAAUUAUGUAAUACCUGGAUCUGAUUUAACAUAUAAAGCAACCCUUAACAGACCAGAACAAAUGACAAAGUACCACAUGGCAAGACCUGAACAAGUACCAAACUAUUCCAUGUCUAGAUCUGAGUUAAACCCUAAUUUUAAUAUUCCUAUACCUGAGCCAAUUCCGAAAGAAGCGUCACUUGAAAUUUUACGUUUAUCAGAAAAAGUUGGUAGUCAAGUUACUGAAGACAUUCCUAAAACAAUUAGUCCUUCAAAGCGAGUACAUAUCCUUGAAUACGUCACUAUUCAGCCUGGUUCAUUGCCACAGAAGAUUGUCCCAACAAACCAAAAUAACACAUCACAACAUGCAAGUCCCAAUGCACCACAGUCAAAUAACACAAACUUCGUGAAUUCAAGCCCUAAUGUUGACGCAAGUAAAGAUACUCCUGCAAAAAUUACAGAACAACAACAGCCUGUGGCCCAAGUGGACUUGUCAAAUUUAUUAGCUGGCAUAAACACUAACACAUUACUAUUAGCAUUGCAAAAUCUUCAGCAAAUAAACCAAAAUUCUUCACCUAAACAUAGUGAACCAACCAAUGCUGAGCAACAAGACACAGAACAACCUGUGCAAGUCACGGAAACCAUCAACUUGACUAAUGACGAAGACUGGGAGAAGGAGUCUAACAGAGAUGGGAGCAUUGAGAGGCAGUUGGAGAAACUGGACGGCAACACUGACACUCCUUUUUUAAGUGAUAUUUUUGACCCGGGCCCAGUUGUUAUACCUCCUAACAUCGUGAGAAAGUUAAACCUGAAUAUACAACACCCAGAAGAAGAUAAAACUAACAAUACUUCGCAAACAAAUGAAAAUGCACCGGUUAUAGGGAACUUUAAAAGUUUUGCUUUACCAAAACCUAUUCUAUUGAAUAGGUUGAAACUGACUGUGAAAACCGCCGAUAAGACUACGAAAAGCUCAGGCAAAAGGGCGAAGCGAAAGAAUAAGAGCAAGUCGUCUCCGGCGCCGGGCCAGCCCGAAGGGGAGGAGGACGAGGAUGAGGAGUCGGGCGACGAAGCUGACCUCUCCAAGUAUGACUUAUGGGGCAGCGACGCUGAGCAGGGCAACUCAUCUAAAACUGAUAAUGCGGAUAAAGCAAAAGACGGCGAGGGUUCCAAAGAGGGCGGGUCCGACAGUCAGGACGACAAAAACGACAACACUUCGCCACACAAGAGUAAGAGAAGGUCUAGGAGUUCCUCUUCCUCAUCAAGCUCGUCUUCUAGUUCCAGUUCUAGUCACAGUUCCACAGCUCCUAAAAACAAAUUCGACGAUUUCAACUUGAACAGUGAGCGCGAGUCGCCCCCGAAGGGUCGCAAGUCGCGGUCUCGCUCGCGGUCGCCGCGCUCGCGGGCCCCCGCCCGCCGCAAGUCUCGCGACAGCCGCUCCGCCGGAGAAACAAGCAGGAGCCACGAGUCAUCGCGCGACAAGGAGUACUCCCGCGACCGCGAGCGACGCGACAGGUCGCGCGGCAGUCGCGAGCGCAAGGAGCGGCGCUACAGCCGCGACGGCGGCAACCACUACAACUCGCGCGGCCGCCACCGCUAGGCCGUCUCCCGCCUACUCCCCUUGCGCCACAAACAACAAACAUAGUUAUACAAAAUAGUCUUAAUUCAUAUGUAUGCAGCUCUUGUCAAACUGAUUGCAUAUAAGGUUUUAUAGCUGUCUAAAUAGGUCUGUUUGAUAAAAAAUAAACUUUUUAAACUGUUCUCUCCUAUGCAAAUGAUGCAACUGAAUCUUGUCGAAAGUGUCUAAUUUAGGGACUAAUUGGAAUUUAUUACUAAUUUGUAGGUUCGUAAAAUAAUUAUUGUAUAUAGUACAAUGUUGUGGCUUAAUCCACACAUUUUUAAAGUUAAGAUGUACGUUAUUGUUACUCGCGAGUCCAAAUGAUUAAAUUGGUAAAUGUCAAACAUUUUAUGUGUUUACUGUUUGUGAUAAUUGCUUAUUAGAAAUUCAAAGAAUAACAUUAAUCAUACGUAGCGCGCUUGAUAGAAAGAGAUCUCAAGAUAGUCACGGUACAUUAUUUUAAUGUGUUUUGCGAAGUAAGAGUUUCGGAUUCAAAAACAAAAUCAAUUAUGUUACUACACCUAAAAAUCACCUUAACAUCAUUAGUGUCAAAUAUAUUCAAAAUGACUAUUCAAAUAUGAGACAAUAAACGUACUUUCCAGAUACGAAAGUACGCAACGAUUCCAUGACGCUAUGUUCGUUUCUCACGUCACUCGCAUUUGAAAUAAAAACAUUUUACUUUGUUCCCUGGAGAGAUGGGGAUCCAAUGGGAUGUUUUUGCAACUAUAGUCCAUCAGAGUGGAAGCAUUCUCCACGAUGCGACUCUAUUUUAAAAUGUAGCGUCCUUAAUAGGGCUACCGUUCUGGACAAUAUUAAAUAAUAAAUAUAGCUAUAAUUACGCAAGUCCUGGCGAUAUCUUCCGAUGCGCUGAAGAGGAAACGAGGAGCUAGAAAAGGCUAGGAUCGGUAAGAAGGUCCGAUAUAUAAAUCAUAGUCCUAGUGGCAACUGUCGAAGACAGAAAACAGAAGACAAGAUAAUAUAGGGCUCCCACACAUAAUUGCGAACUUGCUUCACUAAUAUCUGCUAACUCGCACGAAUGCACCGCAAGAACUUCCGAUCUUAUUUGCAUCAUACGAUAUUAUGUCAUACUUGGUGACGCCCCUUUUACAAUACUACUUUCUACAAAACGGCUUGCCGCACAAAAUCGUAUGGCAGAUGGGAGUUCCUGCGAUGCGGUAUCAAAUUCAAAUUCCUUUAUUCAGUAAGAUAUCGGAGAUCCACUGUGUUAGUAACAAAACAAAGUACGUGCAUUUUAGUGCAUUUUCUUGGGUGAUAGCUACAGUAAUUAAUGAAAGCCAUGUCUUCGCACAAACCUGUUAAAUAGUUUUCGACGUUUGCCACACACUAACAACGACACUCUUUAGCGUUUAUACCAUUAUCUAGACCUAAACUUCAAACAGGUUCUUCAAAUCCUAAAACAUAAUGACUAUUUUCGUGGAUACAAUGAUACAGCGAUUUGGUUGUGAAAAAUCUGUCGGCGAUGCUAGGUUUCGCCUCUCUGAGUCGAAAACAAAAGAAUGUAAUGUUUUAAUGAUCCUUUGAAAUUAGAUUGUCACAUCUGUGAGAAGGCCAGAUUCAUGUUAAUUUGUAUCAGAAUCAACUUCAAAGAAAUUGGCUUUUAAAAUGGGAAGGUCUGAAUAGCUGUACUGGAUGUAAUAAUGAUCGUGAAUUAAUGACUAAUGAUGAGAAAGACUGAUUGGUAGAUGGUUAAGAGCCGUGUUAAUGAGUAGCCCGAUGCGUAGUGGAGUGGGCUAUGGGAAGUUACUGUUACAUCAGUGUCAGCCUAUCCUUACGCUAUCCUUUAACGUGUGAUAUUGUAACUUUGUAAAUAAUAAUCGUAAAACAUAAUCGCUUCUUAACGAAUAAGGUUUGAUAUAAAAAUAUGUAUAUCACAGGAAAAUUGUUGAUGUCUUGUAUUGUCGUCGUUUCUCUCUCAUGAUUAUAAUUUUCUUGCAAAAUGUUUUGUAGCCGGUGAAAAGACAAUUUUGUUAAUUUUUGAAUACCUAGAUACGAAUUACAUAUAUGUAAGCUAACAUUGUAUGGUAAUUGAUUUACCAUUAAAACAUAAUAAAAUCCA